AUGGUUAGUGUAAGCAUUUCUAAUGUAAAUGUGGUUUGAGACAACACUAUCCUCCAGAAUCCGAGUGUAUUUAACAUGUUUACUGGUGUCUGAGACUAUACAGGUACUUGAUAAAAUAUGUUUUCAGAGAGAAUACAGAUGGUUUUCACAUGCGACGCCAAUUCCAGUUGUAAAAUAUGAGAGUAUUUCCUUUUGUAAGUGUAGUUUGAAGGUAAACACGAUGCCACCUUGAGCUGACUCCACCUUCAGUCGUCUAAGCUGUAUAAAGAAGGUAGAAUCUGUUUCUCCCUCUCUCUUUCUCGCUCACUAAAAGUCUUAUGCAGGACGUUGAGCCAACGGGAUCCGAUAUCGCCUUCAUCUCAGGAGGGUUGAGCCUGCGGACACAGAGGGCCUUCUAUCCCACAGAGCCCUGGACCAGAGUCUUGUUAAGCUCCCUCUUCGUCCCCAGCUCCAACGAUGUACUCUGCAGGCUUGGAGAUCCUCGGGAUGAUCCUGACCGUGGCCGGCUGGCUGGGGGUGAUGGUGGCCUGCGGCCUGCCCAUGUGGCGGGUGGCCGCCUACAUCGGUCAGAACAUUGUCAUCUCCCAGGUGAUCUGGGAAGGCUUGUGGAUGAACUGUUCCGUGCAGAGCACAGGUCAGAUGCACUGCAGGGUGCACGACUCCAUGCUGGGGCUGCCGGUGGACUUGCAAGCAGCUCGUGCCUUGGUCAUCGUCUCCAUGGUGCUGUGCAUUGUGGGAAUCGGUCUGUCGGUGGCCGGUGCCAAGUGCACCAACUGUAGCCGGGACGUGAGCAGUAAACCGCGGCUCGUGGUGGCCGCUGGAGUAACCUUCGUGGUGGCUGGGCUGCUGCUGCUGGUGGCUGUGUCCUGGACGGCGCACGCCAUCGUGCUGGGUUUCUACGACCCGAUGCUGGAGGAGACGGGGAAGAGGGAGUUCGGUAAUGCUCUGUACUUUGGCUGGGCUUCCUCCUGCCUCCUCAUUCUAGGGGGAGCCCUGCUCUGUUGCUCCUGUCCGUCCACAGCAGCUACAGCAGCGAGUGGUGGCGGCUCCAUGCCUCCCCGGGUGGACUACUCCGCUGUCAAGAUUAUGUCAGUCAACGGAUACCCCAGAAGAGACUAUGUAUGAACAUGUGGCAUGUGGGCGCAGAUGAACAUAUGAUGACUACUAGUGCAUGGAUGUUAAUGCAGCACCUUGGGCUUGGACUAGAGCUGCAACAAUCGAUUAAUCGAUUAGUUGUCAACUAUUAAAUUAAUCGCCAAAUAUUU